AUAAGAUUUGCAUGGCGAGAUGGGUCUGUCUGUUCAGUGUUGACACAAGUAUCGUAGUGUACUGAAGAUCAUUACAGAAUAAGUCCUACCAAUGUGGUAUGACUAUGUCACCUUUCGUAUUUCGAAACCGUUUUCUGUUUCUUUCCUACUUUCUCUUAUGAUGCCUUUUCAUUCAAGCGACUACCUUCAAUACUGAGGUAGUCUUGGGCUCGAAGAGCAUCUGCGAACGACACCGAGGAGCGGUCGACUAUCAAGAGGGGGAUACCGAAUCUUGAAGCCGGACAUCAAUCUUGCUAUGAGCCCCAUGUUCCGUCUGUUAGUGCGUAUUGCCGAGAGCGGGCGGGAGAGUCGGGACAUCAAUUACCACCACAACGAGUACAGAGAUAGUGAUGGUGAUAGUAAUGGGGACGACGGACUUCCAUGGUACGCCGUGUUGCUCAUCGUCUACUUUUCAAUACUAUUCCUGGUGGUCUGGUCAUCGUUAGUCUACUUCUAUACGCGCGAUAGGGAACGAAGAAACGGCCAACCCGUCCGCGUGGGUCACAUUGUCUUGAAAGCCUUGACCGUAGCAUCGGGUGUAGGCGUUUGGAUCUGGGUUUUCAAGAAGCGAGGAUGGUACGGCUCGGAUCGGGAGCAAGAGGAGACCACAGGAGUCGGCCCUUACAAGCAGAUCAAGACUCGAAAAACUCCAGCUCCCAUUGGAGUUUCCACACCUUUCGGCAGCCCUUCCGGCAGCAGCACACUACCCGCGAGCCCUAAUGCGCCCUCUGUCUGGCCUCCCAGCCCGAAUACACCUACUACCUGGUACGGCACUCAGACGAGUCAGACCACGACGUACGCGUCGUACGAACAAUCAAGCGACAUGUACAAGUCCCCUGGUCAUAAUCCGACUCCCAAUGCCUUUGCGCAGCACGAGUCUAUUCCGAUGAUCACUCUCACUCCGAGUCCAAGCACCAGCCCUGCUCCCCAGUCGAGCCCUACCCCAAAUCCGAGCUACGCUCCUCCACCGCCAUACGUGACAACUCCGCCACCGGCGGCGCUAUACGGCCAAAAAUUCCCAUCUUAACAUAGCCGCCCUCCAUAUUGAGUAUUUGUAUAACGAUAGGAUGAAGGGAAAUGAAACUUGGUGCAUGGGACUGGCAACAGAAUACGCAUAAUUGGUACGGCGCUCGGGUAGGUUUUUUUUUUGCAUGAAUGGAGAGGUCUUCUCUUUGUAUCUCUAUUAGGAGUUGGGCUAGGCAUGGUGGCAUUUUCCUAAUCUCUCAUUUUCCUUUGUAAGAGAGUAGGGCACGAAGAUUUCUGUCAUCAUUGCAAAUAUUCCCUGCUACUAUCAUUAUGAUACCCGGUUUCAUAUAUUUAUCCAAUUCGAUGACGACUUC